AUGCCCCUCGGAUCGCUUGCGUCUUUGGCGGUGGCCACCAUCGCAGGGGCCGCCUGGCGAUUGGGCAACCUCUCGGUGGAGUCGCCGCUGGCCGCCGACUUCGGAGCUGUCGCUGCGGUCGCGAUCGCCAUGGUGCUCAGGGCGGGCCAGCGCGUGCUCGUGCAGUGGGAGCGUGGCAGGGCUCCUCAGGCGCGGCUGCUCAUCGCCCCCGCGAGCGCCGAGGAGUUCGAGCUCGACACCGAGGCCGUGCCGUACGGCGACCAGUGGAACCUGUCGCCCGCGUUCUUCCUCGAGUGCUUGGCGUUCGUGACGGGGAUCGGCGUCGACAGGAUGCUCCAGACGGCCCUCGAGCAUUCCGACGAGUGGGGGGAGCCCCCGAGGCCGAGGAUCACGGACAAGUACCUCGCUCAGAUCGUGGACUCCAACGCCAUGCUCUCUUUCACGAUCUCGGGGACAUCGCUCGACGCGAGGGUCCUCGGCAUCCGCGAGACGAACGAGCAGGGCCGCCACUUGAACUGGCGGGACGCUGUCAGCGAGUCUUCGGAGACGGACUUGCCGAAGUUCCUCAUUUCAGGCCCGCGGACCACGUUCUGGGUCUCGUGCUGCAUCCGCGACCACGACGUGGCCCCUCGGAGCCGGCACGCCAAGUGGAGGGCCGAGGUGGGCCUCACCGCAGGUGACCAGUCGGUCAUCGAUCGCGAGUUUUGUUGUCGGCUUCUCCAGCUUGCCGUGGUCUACGACCAGCUGAACAUCACAGAGUUAGCUUGCAUGGAACUCGUCUCACGGAAGUCGCAGAUGUGUGAAUACAGACAUCGCGACCGCGCCAUCGGCGCCACCCAGGGCGACGACCUCCUGGAGGACGCCGACCUCUACCUGAGCCUCGGGAAGACGCGCGGUUUGGUGAUGGUAUCGCCGUCGCUCCUCUCCUACGUGUCGGACAAGCUGAGGACCGAGGCCGCCAUCCUGAAGGAUAAGCGGAAGAUGUGGGAGGAGCGAACCGAGCAGCAGACCUCGGCAGACAGCAAGGAGGGCAAGGGCGGCCAAGCUGCCCUAGAGCUUGGCCACCCCCAGCCAGGCCGGCGCGGCCGCCGCCGACGGGCUGCCCAGAACGCUUUCGUCAACUCUUGGACGUGGGAGUGCGUGGCUGCCAUCAACUGGCCGUGCGGCAAGGAGGGCAGUCCCGACUUCGACGCUUUUUUUCUUUCGCAGCGGGCGGGAGUCCUGGACCUGCGGGGCCGCCUGGCUUCCCUGGGCCCCCCGCCCGCGAGCUCGGCGGCGGCUCUCAGUGGGCUGCGCCGCAAUGCCCCGGGCUACCUCGAGGAGCCUGCGAAGCCAGCCAAGUUCGCCGUUGACUCGAUUGCCCUGCCGCUGGACGAUGUCGAGUGCAAGCCUGGCGACCACGAGGUAGGCGAGGCGAGCGAUUUGCGGCGUGACUGGAAGGGUAGAUAUUCGCGCCCGAAAGAGGAGCAGUCUUUUGUAAUUCGCCCGCACUUUGACGAGGCUCUUCGUCGAGACAAAUUGGCUUAUAGUGACUUUCUGCGGCGCCUCUUCGAGGCUGGGAUGAUAACCUUCGGAGGGGAUGCCGCUUGCGCCAUUGCGCCCAUCUUCGUCGCAAAGUCCGGCGGGCGGCGCCGCCUGGUCCUGGGCACGAGGAAGGCGGCCGUCUACCGUGUGGAGGCGCCCGCGGGCUGGCACGAAUUCAUGAUUUUGCCUAGCGUCGCCGCGUCGGACUUGCUGAAGGUCGACCCGACGCUGCCUGUGAGUGGGGUCCGAAGGAACCAGGCUUGCCGUUUUGCCGAUGGGCUGGAACUGGUCUCCUUACUUCUGCCAGCGCGUCACGUCGUCCUGGCCCACGUCCUGAAGGCGGGCUUCCACGAGAGGGACGCGGUCAGUGACCUGCACGUGGUGAAGGAUGUCACCGUCAGCCCCGCGGUCGCGACCCACGUCGACGGCGCGGCGGUGAUCGGCGUUGGCCGCCAGCAGGUGAGGGGGCGCAUCGCCGCCGUCGGGCGUGAGUUGGAGGCCAGCGGUCUGCGCUGCAAGGGCGUCGCAGUCACCGCGGAGGAGCAGACCUUCGCAGGCUUGGUCUUCCGGCGGGGGUCGGGCGAGGUCUGCUUGGCCUCAGGCCGUUCGUGGAAGAUGCGCCUUGCAUUGCUGGAGCUCGCGUCGCAGACGUACGUGUCGGAGCGUGCGGUGUUCCAGCUGGUCGGCCACUGCAAGUCGGCUGCGCUCUUGAGGGGGCCCCUGCUCUCCGUCUUCAGCGCCGCGUGCCGGUGGGCGCGCAAGGCGGGGGGCGACGUUUGGCGCUUGUGGCCCGACGUGGCCUCGGAGCUUCGGGCUGCCGACGCCGGGCGACCCAUCGAGCCCGCAGUUGCGAGCGCCGACGCCUCUACUGGCGACGGCGACCCCGCGGGCGCUCUCUUCGGCGGCUUCGGCGUCGCGGCCGGACUCGAGCAGGCCAACCGCGUCGUGGACGAGGACGGGCCUUUGCCGGGCACAGGGUGUCUGGAAAAAUGCGCUUUCGAAAGCGAGAUGGAGAGAGGAGGAGGCGAGCUUUCAGACGCGACGACCGCGGAGCGAGCGACGCGGGGCGACUUCGUGGGCCUCGCCAGCAUGGUCUUCCCGCUGGACGCCUGGACCUCCGCCCUCUUUAGACGCUGGGCGCGGCCUGAGAAUGUCCUGGGGCUUGAGGGCAGGGGAGUUCCCCUCGGCGUCCGGCGGCAGUUUAGAGACGUCCGUUCGAGAGACAAGAUCCAGCUUCUUCUCUGCGAAAAUGUGGGCCUCGUGUUGGCGCUAGUAACAGGAAGCGCGUCAUCUCCCCUUCUCAAUUCGUCAUGUCGAGAGUUGCCUGAUGUGUCUUUGUUCAACGACUCUACCGCGGCCGUCCGUUGGCUCCCGAGCGAGUGGAAUAGCAGCGACAAGGGCUCUUGCAUCGUUGUCCCGCCCGUCGAGCGCUCUGAGCUGGAUGCCCGCAGCGCCGGCGCAGCCAGGGCCGCCUUUGAGAGGAAUCUGCUCGAAGAGGUCGAGCGCCUCGAGCGCCGCGAGUUCGCGUCCAGCGGUGAGCGCGGGCACAGCGGCCGCGGCAUCCAGCGCUACUUGGAGGAGGGCGACGCCGACGCGUGGG